CAGGGAGCGGUCAGUCGGAGAGCGCGGAGCCGCGCGAUGGGGACAGUGGAACCCGCGGCUGAGGAGAGGGGCCCCGCGCGGGUGAAGCGCAUCGCGGUGCCCCAGCCGCCCUCCAUCGAGGACUUCACCAUCGUGAAGCCCAUCAGCCGCGGCGCCUUCGGGAAGGUCUACCUGGGCCGCAAGGGGGGGAAGCUCUACGCUGUCAAGGUGGUCAAAAAAGCGGACCUGAUAAAUAAAAACAUGGUUCACCAGGUCCAGGCAGAGAGAGAUGCAUUGGCUCUCAGCAAAAGUCCUUUCAUUGUACACUUAUACUACUCACUUCAGUCAGCUAACAAUGUCUACUUGGUGAUGGAAUAUCUUAUUGGUGGAGAUGUCAAAUCUCUUCUCCACAUAUAUGGCUAUUUUGAUGAAGAAAUGGCAGUGAAGUAUAUUUCUGAAGCGGCACUGGCUCUUGAUUACCUUCACAGGCAUGGGAUAAUCCACAGGGACCUGAAGCCAGACAACAUGCUAAUUUCUAAUGAGGGCCAUGUUAAAUUGACAGACUUCGGGCUCUCCAGAGUUACUCUGAACAGAGAGAUAAAUAUGAUGGAUAUCCUUACUACACCAUCAAUGGCUAAGCCUAAACAAGAUUAUUCGCGCACUCCAGGACAAGUGUUGUCUCUCAUCAGCUCUCUGGGUUUUUACACUCCAGUCGGUGGGAAAAUGCAAGGACCUAGUUCAAGUCUCAUGUCGUCUGGUGCUUUACAACUUUCUCGAGAAUUGGUUUCUCCCAUGUCUGUUGGUCAAAAGGAUUAUACUCCUGUUUCGAAUAAACUAUUGAAAUCAUGUCUUGAUGUUGCUGCCUUAAAUCCUGGGAUGCCAGUGAGGAGUUUAACUCCAACUCUCCUUCAAUCUAGGAAGAGAUUUGGUACCUCCAGUGCCAGUAGCCACUCACGUACGCACAUGUCCAGUAUGGAAUCAGAAUGCUGUAGCAGCCCCAGGUGGGAGAAAGAUGUACAGGAAACUGACGAUAUACUGUGUUCUGGAACAGGCAAGGCAGAGGAAAAGCUUUCUAAUACGCAAUUACUGAAUGCAAAAGACAGUACAGCCUUAAAAAAGAAGGAACUUGAGUUUGCCAUCUCUCCCAUUGGUAGCAAUGACUCUGGCUGCAGGCAUGAUGCAAAAAUUGAGCAUUUUGAUGUAGGGGACACUCCUGUGACUGCAUCAGAUGUGAAAGAUCUCGUCAGAAAAUGUCUUUCUGAAAAUAAGGCUUGGGAAGAAAAACUUGUGGAAAGAACUGGUGUGGCUAAUCAGACAGGAAAGUCUUCCAAUCGUCAGCAGUCAUGCUCAUCGUUGGUUGAUCCUGCCAAAUGCAUCAAAGAGGAGGAUGUUCUUGAAAAGCCAGGUGUAAAAAGAAGCUUUGAACUAGUUGACACCAGUCCUUUUCAAGAACUUAACUAUGUUAAAAAAAGCAAUGCAGAAUAUAAACGUGGUUGUCAAAUCUCAGAAUUUCAGGCAAACCAGAGCACAGGUUUAACAACGGAAAUCCAGUGUUUGAUGCUUUCUGGUGAUGGAGGUCUACAGGAGACCCAUAAAAAUGAAGAAAAAGCUAAGGAUUCCAUCUAUAGGCAGCAAACAUCAGAAAAGUCAGCCACUCCAAUAAUAGCUAAGAAUCUUAUGCAUGAGCUAAAUGCAGAUUGUGAAAAAGACAGUAAAAAGGAGUAUAUUAACUCUAGUUUCUUAUGCAUUGAUGAUGAAAAACCUCUUGGAAUCUUGAGUGCAGACUCUGAUUUAUCCUUCCCUGAGAUUUCUGUUACAGAGAGCCAUUUAGAAAAGCAGCUUUCAGACCUGGAUAAGAGUAUUAAAGAACUUUCCUUUGAGGAGUCAAAAACUGAGGACAUAUCAGUAAUGUCCUGUUGUCAAGAUGCCUCACCAAGAGGUGAGGAAGAGAAUAUUGUCCAGGACAGCAAGCCUUUGUGCCAUGAACAGGAUAACGUCCUGAAAUGUUUGGUUGAAACUCAUACUGACAUAAUCUCUUCUCCCUCAGAGGAGAUGAUGAAAACAUUGAACCUCCUUAAAAAAAAUGUUGUAGCUUUUCGAAGUUAUAACAGUCCAAUUAAUGUGUCCAAUGCAUCAGAGCCAUCAAGAAUUAGCAUGGCUUCUUUAGAUGUAAUGGAUCUCUCUACUGCUUGUAGUGGCUCUUACCCCAUGGCUAUUACCCCAGCACAAAAGGGAAGAUCUUAUAGGGUCUAUCAGACACCUAAUCAGGGAAAUGCUGACACACCAUAUAGGACUCCAAAGAGUGUAAGAAGAGGGGCUGCCCCAGUGGAAGGUGAACGCAUUUUAGGAACCCCAGACUACCUGGCACCUGAGUUGCUAUUAGCAAAGCCUCAUGGUCCUGCAGUAGAUUGGUGGGCUCUCGGAGUUUGCUUGUUUGAGUUUUUAACUGGAAUUCCACCCUUUAAUGAUGAAACACCACAACAAGUAUUCCAGAAUAUUUUGAAAAGAGAUAUUCCUUGGCCUGAGGGUGAAGAAAAGUUGUCCAGUAAUGCCCAAAAUGCAAUAGAUAUUCUUUUAACCAUUGACACUACAAAGAGAGCUGGACUGAAGGAGCUGAAACAUCAUCCCCUCUUUCAUGGUGUAGACUGGGAUAAUCUUCAGAAUCAAACUAUGCCUUUUGUACCUCAGCCGGUUGAUGAAACAGAUACUUCCUACUUUGAAGCUAGAAAUAAUGCUCAGCAUCUGACUGUGUCUGGAUUUAGCUUAUAGAAUCGAGAAAAUGGAUCUUUGUCCAUGGUUUUGCACAUUUGUAAACUACCGUUUAACACUAGUUUGGUCUUGGUUUUCUUACCAUAGUUUUUAAAACAGUUGAUCAGUCUGCUUUUAAUUUGUGUAUCCUUUGUUCUAAAACAAAACCACUAUACAAAAUGUUCAUUAAUUCCAAAUGACUUCUAGUUCUUUUUAUUUAUCCUACUUUCUGCACCUUAUUGAGAGCCUGUGUAUGUAUUUGUAAAGUUAGUAAUGUCACUGUCACACUUGGCAAAAUAUUUCUCUUGCUGCUGUGGAGUACUUCCAAUUUGUUGGGGCUAUUUUGCAAUUAAACACAACUGAGUGGGGGCAUAAAAUGUAUUAUUUAUCUGUCUGGAGUUCAAUAUGUUCAUAGUCACAUUUGGGAUAGGAACUUUCAGACCAAUUUAGAGCUGCAUCCAUAGUGAAAAUGGAAGUUUUUUAGGUCUCAGGGCAGUGUAAAAACAUCUUAUCCCUUUGAAUUACUCCUUAGUGGGAAGAGAAAAGAGAUGUUUUUGGCAUCCCUAGGUCACAUACACCGCCUGCUCGGCUGCUGAGAUAUCAGUGUUGUAAAAUGUAACUGUAUUUUUGCUGCUAACAUUUUUCCCCUGGCAAAUGCACAGAGUUAAGGAAGCUUAUAGCAAAUUAAAAAAAGAUAGACUUUUUGUUUAAAUUGUCAUACCAAAAGGACUUUGAAUGUGUUAUGGGAUGAUAGACUGAACAGUAUUUAUUUUAGUGACUCCUUGUUUAUUUUAAAUUUACAAGAUCUGAGUGUAUAUAUAUGACUUCUUUUCUGUGUUUCUGCCAGAUGUUAAAAAAAAAUCUUUGCUAAUGAAAACAUGAAUUAUGUAUAUUAAAGUCUAUAUAAUGUGUUGCAAAUUGAUUAAUUUGAGAACAUCAUAAAUUCAAUUUCAAUAAAACUUGAGUUAAAAUUAGGACUUUCAGUAUUAAGCAUUUUAAUGAGGGGUCUACGCUGUAUUUUAAUAUAUUGGGAAAAUACAUAGAGAUUAUCUACUGCAUUGUGGAGAUUAUGUUUCUGAUAAUGCCUGAUUUUUGUCUCUGUUAAAACUGUUUUCCUUUAUCUUAGAUGGGAAUCACUAUUAAACAUAAUUUCUUUCUUUUAGUGCUUACAAUUUCAUUCAAUUCAUUACAAGGUUUUUAGUUUCCUGCUUCAAUGUCUGCUGUGGUGGGGCGGAAGGUUCAUGCUGUACCAUGGUGUAAUCCAGCUACUGUAUCCCAAAAUUGAUCACUAUGCUAGCAAUCAUGUGGCUUUUCAGGGCAUUGACAUUUCAGACAAAGCAAGUGGAUUGAUGACCAUUCUCAUUUCCUAUGCUUCCUGGCAUACAAGGCUAGUGAAUGCAGCGUGAACUAAUCUAGAGUUGCCAGACUUCCUGCUCCAAAUAGCCAAGAAGGAUGUGAGAGGGAAGAAUCACCCUGUGUUUUGUCCCAGAAGCCACACAAGAGAUCAGACAGUUGCAAAAUGUCACAAAAUUACAAUUGUCAAGACAUGUGAAAACAUGGUAUGAUGAUCACAUUGGAAUGUUGGGAUGUGACACUAUAGUUCGUCGCAUUGAUUGAAAUGUCCCCCAAUUUCUGCAUAUUUGCAGAUCACUGAAUCUAGUUUGUGCAUGUAGCAGCAAUUUAAAUGGUGACAGUUUUCUAAAUAUUGACUCUAAUAGGUAUUUAUUACUUCACAUGAUUAACAGAGGACUAUUUCUGUCAGUGAGAUAAAGAAGCUGCAGAUCAUAACAGGUCCUUUAUUGUAAGAGAAAUGUAGCAUUUGUAGCCAAAUACCCCAAACCCUUAAAAAAAAAAAAAAAAAAA